AGCUCCUGUUAUCCUGUCAUUUACAACCAGAGUUGGAAAGAAGAGAGAAAUUACCAACAUUAAGAUCUUUUAGUCAGUUACUGAAGCCACCGACUGUUUCUAGUAUAUUUUUCUGCAUUCAAAGCUCAAAAAGAGGAUCAAGUGUUAAUAUAAAGUUCACCAAAUCGCUGCUUAGAUUUAACAACUUGAUGCUGAACAUUAACAGUCACAGUUUUGAUAAGAGCUCAACAAGACAGUCAGCUUUGUGAGAAGAAAAAUGGGUCAGGGAAGCUCCUCUCCUGACACGAGCGUAGACAAACACUCAUACUGGUCACAUCUCCCCAAGAAAUAUAAAUUUGUGGACAUUCUGGGAGAAGGCAGCUAUGGAAAGGUCCUGAGAUGCCAGUUGAAGGAAUCUAAAUGUUUGGUGGCUGUAAAGAUCCCCAAACAGUUCCAAAAUGACCAGGAGGCCUCCAUGCUGAAAAAGUUGAUGAAGCACAAGUUCGACCAACACAAUAUCGUCAAGUUUCACGAUUCAUUCAACACCGUGUUUGGAAAGGCGAUGGUGUUUGAGACUCUGGAUAUGAACUUACUUCAGUACAUUUCAAGUUUCAGGCGUCUCCCUAUGAAGCUGAGUGAAGUCAGAACCAUAGUCAGACAGGUAGCCACAGCAUUGAAUGCACUGAAGAGCAUCGGGAUAAUCCACGGUGAUUUAAAACUAAACAACAUAAUGCUGGUGGAUCACGUUCGAAAACCCCUAGAACUCAAGGUGAUAGACUUCGGACUGGCCAUGAAAACAUCAAAAGUGAAGCAGGGCAAGCAAGUGCAGAUUCUCUCCUAUAGGGCCCCAGAAGUUAUUUUGGGCCUACCACUGUCUGAGGCCAUUGACAUGUGGGCACUGGGCAAUAUGAUGUUCAGUCUAGUCACUGGAGGGAUGUUUCACGCCCCAAACUGUGAAUAUGAUGCUAUCAACGUCAUUGUUAAAUCUAUUGGUCAGCCGGCGGACCAUCUUCUUGAAAAUGGGAUAUACACAGCGCAGUAUUUCACCAAAACUGUCAGCAACACCUGGAGGAUCAAGACCCAGGAGGAGUAUUUUGGACCAAAACAAAAGUACCACCAUGUGAAUAUCAGGACUCUGGAUGAUUGGAAAUCAAUGGGGAACAAUACUGACUCUGUAGAGCGAGACCAAUGUUUUGAGCUACUGGAAGCCAUGCUGAAACCGGAUCCGAAUGAGAGGAUCACUCCUAGUGAAGUCCUCAAACAUCCAUUCAUUACCAGUAGCUUCAACAGCAAUGAUGCUUCAGGAUCUGCACAAAAGAAGCCAUCCAUCUGUCCUCAGCGGGAAGAAAAGGAAAAAGUAGUCCCAACUGAUACAUUCCACAGAACUUGUGCUUCAGGAUAUGUUCAAAAGAGGCAAUCCGUCCAUCUUCCGUUACCUCAGUGGAGCACACCAUCAGACACUGACUCUUGUAUGAUAUUUAAUUUUGGGACCAACUCGCCCAAACCCUUGCCUCAACCAUCACCUUCUAUAUGUGAGUCCUUGAACUGUGAGCCUCCUGACACUGCUGUGAUGGCAGAUGCCAUCAACAACAUUCAACCAGACCACCAAAGUCCACCUCCUACAGUCCACCCGUCAGAUGUGAUAACGGUUCAUCCUGCAGCAGGCCUGGGCAGCCAGGAUCACCACAGGUUACUUUGCAAAAUCAAGGUUGGACCUGCGUCACCUGAGAACACAACGGAACUGGAAGAUGAGGAGAAUUCAGUUAGAAGGAUUUUUUAUAUCGGGAACAUCUCACCCAGAAGUCAACCAUCACCUUCUAUAUGUGAGUCCUUCAACUGUGAGCCUCUUGACACUGCUGUGAUGGCAGAUGCCAACAGCAACAUUCAACCAGACCACCAAAGUCCACCUCCUACAGUCCACCCGUCAGAUGUGAUAACGGUUCAUCCUGCAGCAGGCCUGGGCAGCCAGGAUCACCACAGGUUACUUUGCAAAAUCAAGGUUGGACCUGCGUCACCUGAGAACACAACGGAACUGGAAGAUGAGGAGAAUUCAGUUAGAAGGAUUUUUUAUAUCGGGAACAUCUCACCCAGAAGUCAACCAUCACCUUCUAUAUGUGAGUCCUUCAACUGUGAGCCUCUUGACACUGCUGUGAUGGCAGAUGCCAACAGCAACAUUCAACCAGACCACCAAAGUCCACCUCCUACAGUCCACCCGUCAGAUGUGAUAACGGUUCAUCCUGCAGCAGGCCUGGGCAGCCAGGAUCACCACAGGUUACUUUGCAAAAUCAAGGUUGGACCUGCGUCACCUGAGAACACAACGGAACUGGAAGAUGAGGAGAAUUCAGUUAGAAGGAUUUUUUAUAUCGGGAACAUCUCACCAAGAAGUCAACCAUCACCUUCUAUAUGUGAGUCCUUCAACUGUGAGCCUCUUGACACUGCUGUGAUGGCAGAUGCGAACAGCAACAUUCAACCAAACCAACAAAGUCCAGAUCCUACAGUCCAACCAUCAAGUGUGAUAAUGGUUCAUCCUGCAGCAGGCCUGGGCAGCCAGGAUCACCACAGGUUACUUUGCAAAAUCAAGGUUGGACCUGCGUCACCUGAGAACACAACGGAACUGGAAGAUGAGGAGGGUCCAGUUAGUUUGGAGACUCAGAAGGACAAGAUGGCAAGAACUCAACCCUCAACUUCUACAAAGGAGUUCUUUAACUCUGAGCUUCCUGCCACUGCCCUGAACACUGCCAACAUCCAGCCAGACUGCCAAGGGUCACUUCGCAAGAUCAAGGUUUUACCUGCGGCACCUGAGAACACAUCGGAAUUGGAAGAUGAGGAGGGUCCAGUUAGUUUGCAGGCUGGGCUUGACCCGAUAUCAGAGUCCACAGUGAAAGUUAAAGAGAGUGAUGAGAUGGAGACCAAGGAGAAGAAGAAGAAGAGGAAGAAGAACCGAGUCCAACGCGUCUUUGCUUGGAUGAGGAAGACCUUCUCCUGUCUCUCGUGCAAUAGGAACGUGAUGGGGUGAAGCUCUGGGGAGGGUUUUUUGAGCAUCUGGAGAUGUGGACACCACAUCUCCAGAUGUGUGACCACAAGAGGAGCAGCAGCAUACUGGGAGAAAGGCAGAGAGGCUGGUGUGUUUACCCGCAAAACUACAGCUCUAAUACAGUUUGAGUCAAUCAUAGAAAACACAACCAACGUCCAUGUGGAGUUUGCAUGUUCUCCACGUGACUCAGUGGGUUUCCUCCGGGUGCUCCGGUUUCUUCCCACAUUCCAAAGACAUGCCGCUCGGGUAAAUUUGGACACUCUAAAUUGUAAAAUGAAAGUCCAAAAAAAAUAUAUAUAUUGGUUGUGUUCUCUACUGCAUAUCACCACUGACUGUAUCAAUGGCCAUAUUAUGGGUGCACCCACGGUGGCUCGGUGGUUAGCACUGUGGCCUCUCAGCAGAAGGUCCUGUCUUUGAAUCAGGGCCCUCUUCCUGUCUGUGUAGAGUUCACAUUCGUGACUCAGUGGGUUUCCUCCGGGUGCUCCGGUUUCUUCCCACAUUCCAAAGACAUGCAGCUCUGAUAAUUCUGUUUCUCGGUGUAUUUGAGCUGUAGUUUUGUGGGUUAACACACCAUCCUCUUCAGCCUCUCUCCCAGUAUUAGACAGCUGAUAACAGGCACGUGGCCAUGGGUCCUAUUGAUAUCCCUUUCUCUUGUUGUCCAGCAGUCUGUGAUCCUGGUAGACUGCUGGACAACAAGAGAAAAGGGAGAUGUGCCUGUUCUCAGCUGUCUUCCUGUGUCUGCUGUCCCCGAUCUGUGGACAGCCGGCCGGUCUGCCCUUACAAGCCCGGAGACACUCCUGCAGUGAAGAGCGUCUCUGGGCUUCAGGAUCUCCAGAUGUGUGACCCCAAGAGGUGCAGCAGCAUACCAGGAGAAAGGCCAAUGGCCAAAUCAUGUGUGCACGGUGGCUCCGUGGUUAGCACUGUGGCCUCGCAGCAGAAGGUCCUGGCUUUGAAUCCGGUCACUCUUCCUGUCUGUGUGGAGUUUGCAUGUUCUCUCCGUGACUCAGUGGGUUUCCUCCGGGCACUCCGGUUUCUUCCCACAUUCCAAAAACAUGCCGCUUGGGUAAAUUGGAAAAAAUGAGAUGUAAUCAGGAAAUAAAAAAAAUUAAUUGAAAACUG